AUGGCAGCAGGAAAUGGUAAAAGUAGAUGUUUUACAUGUGGAAAAGAGAAACGAGCUGUUCGAUGUGAAGGUUGUCUACAAUUGUUUUGUUAUGAUCAUUUAACAGAUCAUCGACAAGAAUUAAAUAAACAAUUAGAUCAUAUUGAACAUACACGUGAUCUAUUUCGACAAACACUUAAUGAACAAAUGAAUCAUCCACAAAUACAUUUAUUAGUUAAACAAAUUGAUCAAUGGGAAGAAGAUUCAAUAAAAAUUAUUCAACAAACCGCAUCUGAAUGUCGACAAUUAUUAGUUCAACAUACAACGAAAAAUGUUCAUCAUAUUGAAGUUAAUUUAGCAAAAUUAUCUGAUCAUUUAAGAAGAAUUCGUCAAGAAAAUGAUUUUAAUGAAGUUGAUUUACAACAAUUUAAUCAAAAAUUAAAACAACUAGCAGAAAAACUUGAUAAACUUUGCAAUGUAUCAAUUCAACAAGAUCCUACACCACUUAUUCAUAAAAUAUCUGUUGUUGUAUCUCCUGCAAAAAUCACAUCUUCAAAGACCAUUCAAAACAAUACUAAAUGGGAACAAAAUGGAUUUACUAUUGCUGGAGGUUAUGGAGAAGGAAGUCAAACAAAUCAACUUUAUUGGCCUUAUGGUCUUUGUGUUGAUGAGGAUGAACAGUCGGUUUACAUUGCGGAUUAUGGGAAUGAUCGUGUUGUCAGAUGGAAAUUAGGUUCACAUCAUGGUCAAGUUGUUGCUGGCGGAAAUGGUAAAGGAAGCCGUAAAGAUCAAUUGAAUCUUCCAACAGAUGUAGUUCUUGAUAAAAAGAAUGAUUCAUUUAUUAUUUGUGAUUAUGGAAAUCGAAGAGUAUUACGAUGGCCUCGUAAACAUUCUAAAAGUCAACAAACACUUAUCGCUCACAUUGCCUGUUCUCAUUUAACAAUGGACAACAGUGGUGAUCUCUAUGUCUCAGACUGUGAGAAGAAUGAAGUUAGACGAUGGGCAAAAGGAGAAACAACUGGUACAUUAGUAGCAGGUGGAAAUGGACGAGGUGAUAAUCUUAAUCAAUUGAAUUCACCUGGUUAUAUUUAUGUUGAUGAAGAUCUUUCAGUUUAUGUAUCGGAUUCAAAUAAUAAUCGUGUGAUGAAAUGGACGAAAGGUGCAAAAGAAGGGGUAAUCGUUGCUGGCGGACAAGGUGAAGGAAAUAAUAAUUCACAGUUAUCUAAUCCUCAAGGAGUGAUUGUUGAUCCGUCAGGUAAUAUCUAUGUAGCUGAUUCAUGGAAUCAUCGAAUUGUACGUUACGCACCAGGUGCAACAAAAGGUACUGUUAUUGUUGGUGGAGGUGGUCAAGGACAACAAUCACAUCAAUUCAGUUGUCCUUUAGGUUUAUCACUAGAUCAACAAGGUAAUCUUUAUGUCGGCGAUUGGGGCAAUAAUAGAGUACAAAAAUUCGAUGUACAUGUUGAUUGA